CAAAACCAACCACCAAAACUUGACCAAUUAAAAAUCACCCUCCAAAAUGAAAACCUUGAACACUUAACAAAAGUGGUAGUGGUAAUGGUACCACUACCAGCACAAGGCCAUCUCAACCAGCUCCUCCACCUCUCGCAUGUCAUCACCACCUACGGAAUCCCGGUCCAUUACGCCGGCUCCGCCUCCCACAACCGUCAAGUUAAGCUCCGACUCAAUGGUUGGGACUCACAAAGCUUAACAAAUAUUCAUUUUAAUGACUUCGAACUCCCUUCUUAUAAUUCACCUCCUCCAAAUAUCGAUCACUCUAACCCAUUCCCACAACACUCGCAACCUCUUUUAGAGGCUACAAUGCAUCUUCGACAGCCCGUGUUUCACUUCAUGAAACAACUCUCGAUAAAGUAUAGCCGAGUAGUAGUCAUUCAUGACAAUAGUAUGGCUUACGUUGUCCAAGAUGUUAAGCUCAUUCCAAACGGUGAAGCUUAUAACUUUAUUCCUAUAUGUGCUUUCACCUAUUUCACAAGUGUAUGGGAAAGCAUGCCCCAGGAAGAGAAACUCUUUAAGGUAGAUAGAAAUGAUAUUCCGGAAUGUAUGCCUUCUAAAGAGGGAUGCGUUUCAGAAGAGAUGCUAGAAUUCCUGGUGAAUCUCUUGAAAUGUUUGGGGUUUGAAUCAGGGUGGCUUUACAACACCUCGAGAGUGAUUGACGGAAGAUAUGUCGAAUUGUUGGAGAAGCUGUCUUCAGCAAAGGGAAAAAAUAUAAAGCAUUAUGCCUUAGGGCCGUUUAAUCCUGUUGUUGUCAAAAGCGAAAGUGGCAAAAACAGAAAUCAGUGCCUUAAAUGGCUAGACGAACAAGUGAAGGGUUCGGUGAUAUACGUGUCUUUUGGUUCGACAACAUCAUUGACAGAUGAUCAAAUCGAAGAGUUGGCAAACGGGUUGGAAAGAUGCGGGGAGAAGUUUAUUUGGGUGCUCCGAAGAGCGGAUCCAAACGAUGUUUUUGCAGAAGCUGAUAAAGUGAAAAGGCCUCAACUUCGUUCAGGUUAUGAAGAAAGAAUAAAGGAUAGAGGAAUAGUAGUGAAAGAUUGGGCGCCACAGUUAGAAAUUUUGGCUCAUCCGUCAGUUGGUGGGCUCAUGAGUCAUUGUGGAUGGAAUUCAUGUAUGGAAAGUAUGAGCAUGGGUGUGCCGAUUCUGGCUUGGCCUAUGCAUUCCGAUCAACCGAUGAACUCAUUUUUUGUGAGCAAUAUGCUAAGGAUUGGUGUAUUGAUGAGAGAUUGGGAACACCGCGAUGAGAUUGUGAAGUCGAGUGAGAUAGAAAAUGCAGUAAAAACAUUGAUGGUUUCAGAGAAAGGAAUGGAGAUGAAGAAAAGGGUUGAAGAAUUAGACAAAGCAGUUAGAGGAUCAGUUGCUGAACGUGGUAUUUCUUAUUUAGAGAGGGACGCUUUCAUUGCCCAUAUCUCUAGAUAA